UUGGUGGGAGGAGCCAGUCGCUGUGAAGGAACCCUGGAGGUGAAAUAUCAAGGAGAAUGGAGACCAGUAGAUUACGAUGAAUGGAACCUGAAGGCAGCAGCAGACUCCAUCAGGCUGGUGGGUGGGUCUGGUCUGUGCUCAGGCAGACUGGAGGUGAGGUCUAACCAGUCUAACCAGUGGUCCUCAGUGUGUGAAGAGGACUUUGACCAGCAGGGUGCAGAGGUGGUCUGUAGGGAGCUUGGCUGUGGGGCUCCUUCAGUCCUCCAGGGGGCGCUCUAUGGAGAAGUGGAGGCUCCAAUGUGGACCAAAGGGUUCCAGUGUGGAGGCCAUGAGUCUGCUCUCCUGGACUGUAGAAGCUCAGGCUCAGAGAGAAACACCUGCUCACCUGGUAAAGCUGUUGGACUCACCUGCUCAGUACCUUUAAGGUUUGUGGGAGGAGCCAGUCGCUGUGAAGGAACCCUGGAGGUGAAAUAUCAAGGAGAAUGGAGACCAGUAGAUUACGAUGGAAUGAACCUGAAGGAAGCAGAUGUUCUCUGUAGAGAUCUGGACUGUGGCUCUGCUGUUUCUAUCAGACACAGAGAGGAGUCCUCAGAGAGAUCUGUGUGGGGGAUUGACUCUGACUGUGUUCAGUCUGGAUCUGCUCUGAGGGAGUGUAUAACAUCAACUUACUCUUCCUCCAUCGUGGAUCUCACCUGCUCAGAAAUCACGGAUGUGAUGACAGAUUUCAUUGCGAGCCUGAAAAAGAACUUUGCUGGUCGAUUGGAUGGACUUGUUCUGCCCACAGAGGUGGCCGUUUUUGCCAGAGACCCGUUCACUGUUGCAAUAGAAGGGGACUUAUCCGCCCGGGCAAAGGACGUGGUUCCUUCCAGUGACGAGGGCAAAUUCACACUCGAACUUGUUGACAUGCAGUCAUCGACCGGGUACUUCCACCAAACAACCACCAGAUGGAGCCUGAGGAAACUGAGCAUCGAUCCGUACAGCAAGACCCUGCAGGUUCAAAACAACCACGUGACUGCACUCCCACUAGAUCAGGCCGCACAGUGA